AUGACCUCUAGCCAAGGAUAUGUGUGGUUUAAUCUCUUCGAUCCGAUCGUCGACCCGCUCGUUCUUCUCGGCAGCUCUCUUUCUCUUGUCUCGACUUUCUGUGUCCUGCUCACCUUUGCUAUCUACCGUCAGGAACAGGGCACUUUCCGACAUGGCCUUGUCUUCAACCUCGCGCUGGCCGAGUUCAUCAAUUCGCUGAACGGCACGGCUUCUGGUGUCUAUUUUGUUAUCACCAAGAAAUUGACCCCGGGUGCUCUGUGCUCCAUCAAUGGCUGGGUGGCCCAGGUCUCUGUUCAGGCUGCUGACUUUUCUAUGUUUGCCAUAGCAGUAAUUACUCUCUUGACUGUCACCGAAAAAGUCUAUAUGCCGGCGGUGUCUCGCACCAAGAAGAUCCUAAUCUGUCUAUCGAUAUGGAUCGUUCCUUUAGCCACGGGGUGCAUCGCCGUGGCAAAGGGAGUCAUGAUGCCUUCCGGUGCAAAUUGGUGCUGGAUCUCAGCAUCACGUACCGACCUGCGCUACGGCCUCAACCACGGCUGGCGGUUUGCCAUCAUCUUGUUCAUCAUUGGCAUCUAUUCCUACGUCUACUACCACACCUCUCGGCGAUUCAAGCACCUGGCCACCACCACCUCGCAGCCAACCGACUACUACACCAGGGCCAGCGUUGCGAGUAGAGCCUCUGUUCAGAAGCCGGCCGAGAAGAUGAUUGUCGAGCUACCAAGUCAAGAAGCUGCACAAGAAGGGUAUGAUGAUGAUGAUCGAGAAAUGCGUGGUCGAUCGUGGCUCAGACUGUCAAGCUCCUCCAUGGACUUUCCUGUCCACCCUCCCGACCUGGCUGUCUUGAAGGAAGAUGUCACCAUGAGUCGGACGACAACAGCCUCCACGCUGAGCACCUUGGACGAGUAUCCCCUCGAGAGGGAACCCCUAGAGCAGGCUCCUCUGGAACGACCAGGCACGUCUGCCACACACACACUGCCACACACCAAGCAGACCGAGCGAGAGGUCAAGCGCAUGUUGCUGCUGAACGCAUACCCCUUUCUUUAUGUUAUUUUGUGGAUACCAGGACUGGUGAACCGACUUCUUCAGGCGGCGGGCGACACGCCUUCCAGCAGGGUGCUGGAUGCCCUGCAAGCUGCCAGUGCUUUCAUCGGUUUUGCCAAUGCGGUGACAUAUGGGUUCAACCGUAAUCUGAGGCAGAGGAUAUCGACCGAUAUCUGGUGUUGGUGGGCUGGGAUAAGAAGAAGAGGUUGA